CUUAGCUCUUCUCCUUGAACAGCUUGCCAGGAGAUCUUGUAAAACCAUGGCUUCAAACACUUUCCAGUCCUCCUUGUCCAUCCUCAUUGCAUUUUUGUUCCUUAGCAACUGCCAAGCAGCUCGCCAUCUAUUGGAUACUCCAGAAGUGAAGUCUCCGCCGCAUCCAACGAUCCCAACCCUACCUAAGCCAGAACUCCCCUCACUGCCCGACAUUCCAACGCUACCCAAGCCUGAGUUGCCACCGAAGCCAGAGGAGCCGGCUCUGCCAAAGGUUGAACUGCCAACAUUACCGGAAAUCCCAAAGGUCGAACUGCCUCCCAAGCCUUCCAUCCCAAGCAUCCCAAAGGUUGAACUGCCUCCUAAGCCUUCCAUCCCAGAAUUCCCAAAGGUAGAACCGCCUCCAAUGCCUUCCAUUCCAAAGGUCGAAUUGCCUCCUAAGCCCACCAUCCCUGAAUUCCCUACCAUUCCCAGCACUGUUCACUCUCCAGCACAUGAAACUACUAGCCCAUGAUAGACCCUUUUCUUUUUCCAAAAAAGGGUGUCAAUUAAUCAUGGACACUUUGCAUGGCGUCCUUAUACCAUUAUAUGACUAGGCUCAUGGAAUUAAAUGUGGACAACUAGCUCAGCUGGUUUUCGCAGGAGUCGGUGCUUCAGACUUGGGAGCCAUCUAUAUUCUUGUGGUCUUAUUUUCCUUUUAUUUCCUUGUUUGAGAUCAUAUGUUUAUUAUUCCUACUUUGGGUUGGUUUGUGAGCAUUUGGAUGGUUUAAUUUGUACUCGAUUUCAUUGUCUUCUA